ACGCCGUUCAUCUCUUCAUACCUCCCUUACUACCUUUGAGGACCUAUCAUCUUUCGAUUAUGCCUCGUAAUACCAGGACCAACAUGGACAACGAUAUCGAGGCGUUCAGUCAUACAGCACCGCCUCCUCCUUAUCCUGGGUCCGAUCAAAACACACUUUCAGGUCAAGUUCAGUAUGACCUUACUCCUACGCCUCAUUCACUCAAUCGGCCUCGUUUACCCGAGGAUAAGCGCAAUCAGUUUCUUGUCAAUCUUCCCGAGGACGUGACCGUUGUCAAAUUUCAAACCAUUGUCCGUGAAGGCAAAGAGAUCGUUGUAGGACGUAUCAAAGUCCCUAUCGCAGCCGCUAAUCGACAUGCUUUUAUUCUUCGUCGUUAUGACACGAACGCUAUUUCACUGACCACCAUGUUCAAAGUAGCUUUUCCAGGUGCAUCCGAGGAAGAUGAGAAGAGAGAGAUGAGUUGGGUCGAAAGUACUUAUGAUACCCGUAAUACCAAUGGUGGACGUGGUAGUAGCGAUGUCCGUCUAGCGGGGCAAUGGGUGAGCGGUCAUCUAGCAAUCCAUUUAGCUCCGGCAUACGGUAUCUCAAACUUGGUCACGGCAUUGGCGCGAGCUGUGCCUGAUCCGACGGUAGUAUAUCACAAGUCACGACGGUCUCAGGCGGCUGCCGAGCAUAUCGCAAGGGGAAAAACUCCGCCUGCAGCGGUGACGCCGACCCCUAUCGUCCCUUCCAUGUCGUCGGAAACUACGCCAGCUCCAAAACGAGUCCGUAGACAGAGUCCUCGCGUCAACAGACCUACAGCUUCUUCGAAUGACCAAAGCGCUGCUGAAGAGGACACGACUCGUCAUUUGACUCUGGAAGCCACCACCACCGUCACUGCGCCAGCUAACGCAAACGUGGAUAUGGACGCCGAGAUUCAAUCCGCCAAGCAGUUGGUCAUGGAUCUCAAACGCGAAUUGCAACUUCGGGCUUCCGUCGGGGAGGAAUUGGAAGAUCAAGGGUAUGUUAUUGCUGAAAACAGCCGCGGUGUGAAACGGGGCAAGGGUGAAGAUGAUGGAGUAUCCAUCUCGGGUGGUUCUUUGGUCAAGGAUAGAUUGGUAAGGAAGAACAAGAGGGUGGUAGCAGACGGAAUGACGCAGACGGCCAAACGAGUGGCAUGGGGUGCACUAAUCUUCGGCCUUGGCGUCGGCGCUGCG